AAAAAAAAAAAAAAAAGAAACAAACAAAGAGAGCAGGUCAUCACGUCGGUGCUCUCCUCCCCUCUGCUCUGCUCCGCCUCUCUCUCUCUCUGUUUUUCUUUUUCCUUUUUAUUUUGCCUCUGCCCAAUCAUAAAUCUUUUCGCUUCCUCUCUGUUCGCUCGCUCUAUUCACGGCUUUGCUUGUUUGCUGCUUCUUUGUUUCGAGUUCUUCAAUACUGGAUCUCGUAAAAUCCGUCUGUGCAUGAAGCAACAUUAGAUUUUUAUAUUUCUUUGUUUUUCUUAGGAGACCUUCGUAAAUUCCACAGUUAAUUUAAGAUCUUUCUCUCUCUUUCUCGUUCCCUUUCAGAUUUCCCUUUUUCUUUUAAGUUUACAUUUUAAUCUCGAACUCGUUGGAUUUGGCUGCGAAAUCAUCUCAUUAAAAAAACAGUUAACGUAUUCAGAUCUGAAACUCUGCAUGUUAACUUGAUUUGUGAUAAGAAAAAGGAACACUUAUCCAAUCGAAUCCCUUAAGCUUCGGUUCUCUUCGGAUCUCAUCUCCAUCUCUUAUAUUUAUAUUAGACACGUUAAAAGAAAAAAAGAAACAGUUUUGGUUUGUCAAUAAUGUCGGCGACCUCUUCUUCUAGUUCUCUUCUUCAACCUCGACGAGGAGCUAAUCUUAACAUAACGAAACAGCCCUGUUCCAUUUCUCCUAAACUAAACGUUAUUGCUCCUAUAUCUCGCCGAACCUCUAGACCUACACGAUGCUCCGUUACCAAGAAAUCAGCGGUUUUGGACAAAAAGAUCUUUGGAACUAGACUUAGGGCUGCAGGAACCGAGAGGCUCCAUUUCUGGCAAUCCGAUGGACCUGGAUGCUCUCCCAAGCUCCGGGUUAUGGUUCGCUCCGCAUUGUCCGGAGUCCCAGAGAAGCCUCUCGGUCUUUAUGACCCAUCUUUUGAUAAGGAUUCUUGUGGGGUCGGGUUUGUUGCUGAGUUAUCCGGUGAAAAUAGCCGUAAAACGGUGACUGAUGCGUUGGAGAUGUUGAUACGCAUGUCUCAUAGAGGGGCAUGUGGUUGUGAAACUAAUACUGGUGAUGGCGCUGGUAUUCUUGUUGCUCUUCCUCAUGAUUUUUACAAGGAGGUUGCGAAGGAGAGUGGGUUUGAGCUACCGGGACCUGGAGAAUAUGCAGUUGGCAUGUUCUUUUUGCCCACAUCAGACAACCGAAGGGAAGAGAGCAAGAAUGUUUUCACUAAGGUUGCGGAGUCACUCGGGCAUACAGUUCUUGGUUGGAGGCGAGUACCAACAGACAAUUCAGGUUUGGGCAAUGCUGCUUUGCAAACUGAACCAGUUGUUGAGCAAGUGUUUCUCACUCCUAGUCCUAGAUCAAAAGCUGAUUUUGAACAGCAGAUGUAUAUAUUAAGAAGAGUGUCAAUGGUUGCCAUUCGAGCUGCAUUGAACCUUCAGCAUGGUGGUGUUAGGGACUUCUACAUAUGUUCUCUUUCCUCGAGGACUAUUGUCUACAAAGGUCAAUUGAAGCCAGUACAGGUUAAGGAUUACUAUUAUGCAGAUCUUGGGAAUGAAAGGUUUACGAGCUACAUGGCCCUGAUACACUCGCGGUUUUCUACCAAUACAUUUCCUAGUUGGGACCGUGCCCAACCCAUGCGUGUCUUAGGCCAUAAUGGGGAAAUUAAUACACUUAGAGGCAACGUCAACUGGAUGAAGGCACGUGAAGGUCUCUUAAAGUGCAAGGAGCUAGGUCUGUCCAAGAAUGAGAUGAAGAAGCUUCUACCAAUUGUGGAUGCUAGUUCUUCGGACUCAGGGGCUUUUGAUGGUGUCCUUGAGCUUCUAGUUCGAGCUGGUAGAAGUCUCCCUGAAGCUGUAAUGAUGAUGAUCCCUGAGGCUUGGCAAAAUGAUAAAAAUAUGGAUCCUCAACGAAAGGCCUUGUAUGAAUACUUUUCAGCCCUUAUGGAACCAUGGGAUGGGCCUGCACUUAUCUCAUUUACGGAUGGCCGAUACCUUGGAGCCACAUUGGAUCGCAAUGGACUGCGUCCUGGAAGGUUUUAUGUAACACGAAGUGGACGAGUUAUUAUGGCUAGUGAAGUUGGUGUUGUGGACAUUCCACCUGAAGAUGUCCUUAGGAAAGGAAGACUAAACCCUGGAAUGAUGCUUCUGGUGGAUUUUGAGAAGCAUACUGUUGUAGAUGAUGAAGCAUUGAAGCAGCAAUACUCCCUAUCAAGGCCCUAUGGGGAGUGGCUGAAAAGGCAAAAGAUUACACUCAAGGAUAUUGUUACCUCAGUUCCAGAAUCUGAUAUAGCUCUCCCUGCUAUAGCUGGAGUCCUUCCUGCAUCUAAUGACGAUGACAACAUGGAGAACAUGGGCAUUCAUGGUUUAGUGGCACCAUUGAAAGCUUUUGGUUAUACUGUCGAAGCCUUGGAGAUGCUGUUGCUUCCUAUGGCAAAAGAUGGGACUGAGGCUCUUGGUUCAAUGGGAAAUGAUGCUCCCUUGGCUGUCAUGUCUGAUAGAGAAAAGCUCACUUUUGAGUACUUCAAGCAAAUGUUUGCCCAAGUGACAAACCCUCCAAUUGAUCCUAUUAGAGAGAAGAUAGUUACUUCCAUGGAGUGCAUGAUUGGACCAGAAGGUGAUCUGACAGAAACAACCGAGGAACAAUGCCAUCGCCUAUCACUAAAAGGUCCUCUCUUAUCCAUUGAGGAAAUGGAAUCUAUAAAAAAGAUGAACUAUAGAGGUUGGCGAAGCAAAGUUCUUGACAUUACUUAUUCAAAGGAACGUGGUAGAAAGGGGUUGGAGGAGACUUUGGAUAGGAUAUGUGCUGAAGCUCGUGAUGCAAUUAGAGAGGGAUAUACUUUGUUGGUUCUAUCUGACAGAGCCUUCUCAUCAGAGCGUGUUGCUGUAAGCUCUCUCUUGGCUGUUGGUGCUGUCCAUCAUCAUCUGGUUAAAAAACUUGAGCGAACCCGAAUAGGUUUGAUAGUUGAAUCUGCUGAACCACGUGAAGUCCACCAUUUUUGUACCUUAGUUGGAUUUGGUGCUGAUGCCAUAUGUCCAUACUUAGCCAUAGAGGCCAUAUGGAGAUUACAGGUUGAUGGGAAGAUCCCACCCAAAUCUACUGGAGACUUCCACUCAAAGGAAGAGCUAGUCAAAAAGUAUUUCAAAGCAAGCAACUAUGGAAUGAUGAAGGUUCUAGCUAAGAUGGGGAUUUCAACUUUGGCCUCAUACAAGGGUGCUCAGAUUUUUGAAGCUCUAGGUCUUUCUUCAGAAGUGAUUGAGAAGUGCUUUGCAGGAACUCCCAGCAGAGUGGAGGGAGCAACCUUUGAGAUGCUUGCCAGUGAUGCACUUCAUUUGCAUGGGUUGGCAUUUCCCACCCGAGUCUUUCCUCCUGGAAGUGCUGAGUCUGUAGCUCUCCCAAAUCCUGGGGAUUACCAUUGGAGAAAAGGAGGUGAAAUCCACUUGAACGAUCCUCUUGCUAUAGCAAAGCUCCAAGAAGCUGCCAGAGGUAAUAGUGUGGCAGCCUACAAGGAAUAUUCUAAACGUAUCCAGGAGUUAAACAAAUCUUGCAAUUUGCGUGGACUUCUAAAGUUCAAAGAGGCAGAUGUAAAAGUUCCACUGGAUGAAGUGGAACCAGCCAGUGAGAUUGUUAAACGAUUCUGUACUGGGGCUAUGAGUUAUGGAUCAAUAUCAUUGGAGGCACACUCGACACUGGCUAUUGCUAUGAAUAGUCUUGGAGGGAAAUCAAACACAGGUGAGGGAGGUGAACAGCCAUCUCGCAUGGAGCCUCUUCCAGAUGGUUCAAUGAAUCCAAGGAGAAGUGCAAUCAAACAGGUUGCUAGUGGGAGGUUUGGAGUUUCAAGUUAUUAUCUCACAAAUGCUGAUGAACUCCAGAUCAAGAUGGCUCAGGGGGCCAAACCUGGGGAGGGAGGUGAGCUUCCAGGCCACAAGGUCAUAGGAGACAUUGCAGUUACCAGAAACUCUACAGCUGGUGUGGGACUUAUCAGUCCUCCUCCUCACCAUGAUAUUUAUUCAAUUGAAGACCUUGCCCAGUUGAUUCAUGACCUUAAGAAUUCCAAUCCAGGAGCUCGUAUUAGUGUCAAAUUAGUAUCUGAAGCUGGUGUAGGUGUAAUUGCCAGUGGGGUGGUGAAGGGCCAUGCUGACCAUGUUUUGAUCUCAGGUCAUGAUGGAGGUACAGGAGCUUCUAGAUGGACUGGCAUCAAGAAUGCUGGGCUCCCAUGGGAACUAGGAUUGGCCGAGACCCACCAAACUCUUGUUGCUAAUGAUCUUCGUGGCCGCACUGUUCUUCAGACAGAUGGCCAACUGAAAACUGGAAGAGAUGUGGCCAUUGCUGCACUUCUUGGUGCAGAAGAAUUUGGCUUCAGCACCGCACCGCUCAUAACACUUGGCUGUAUUAUGAUGCGAAAAUGCCAUAAGAACACUUGUCCUGUUGGCAUUGCCACUCAAGAUCCAGUACUGAGGGAGAAGUUUGCUGGGGAGCCUGAACAUGUUAUCAAUUUCUUCUUUAUGCUAGCAGAGGAGCUCAGGGAGAUAAUAUCUCAGCUCGGUUUCCGUACACUCAAGGAGAUGGUUGGUCGCUCUGACAUGCUUGAAGUUGAUAAAGAAGUUAUUAAGAAUAAUGAGAAGCUGGAAAAUAUUGAUCUCUCUCUAUUACUUAGACCUGCUGCUGACAUUCGCCCUGAAGCUGCCCAAUAUUGUGUCCAAAAGCAGGAUCAUGGCUUGGACAUGGCUUUGGAUAAAAAAUUAAUCACCCUCUCCCAGGCUUCUCUGGAGAAGAAACUUCCUGUGUACAUCGAGUCACCAAUAUGCAAUGUGAACCGCGCUGUUGGUACAAUGCUUAGCCAUGAAGUUACUAAGCGGUAUCACUUGGCUGGACUUCCUGCGGAUACCAUACAUGUCAAGCUGACAGGAAGUGCAGGACAGAGCCUGGGAGCUUUCCUCUGCCCUGGGAUUACACUAGAGCUUGAGGGUGACAGCAACGACUAUGUUGGUAAAGGAUUAUCAGGUGGCAAGGUUGUAGUUUAUCCUCCAAAAGGUAGCCUAUUUGAUCCAAAAGAGAACAUUGUCAUUGGCAAUGUAGCUCUAUAUGGUGCCACAAAUGGUGAGGCAUAUUUCAAUGGAAUGGCAGCAGAAAGAUUCUGUGUCCGUAAUUCUGGUGCCAGGGCAGUUGUAGAGGGUGUUGGUGAUCAUGGUUGCGAGUACAUGACUGGUGGGACUGUCGUUGUGCUUGGAACAACUGGAAGAAAUUUUGCAGCAGGUAUGAGUGGUGGUGUUGCUUAUGUUCUUGAUGUGGAUGGGAAAUUUCAUUCUCGAUGCAACCCUGAACUGGUAGAUCUUGAUAAAGUUGAGGAAGAAGAGGAUAUCAUGACUCUCAGAAUGAUGAUACAGCAACAUCAACGUCACACAAACAGUCAACUAGCUAGAGAAGUACUUGCUGAUUUUGAAACGCUCCUGCCAAAAUUUAUUAAGGUCUUCCCUAGAGAUUACAAGCGUGUUCUUGCAAAGAUGAAACAAGAAGAAGCCUUAAAAGAUUCUGCAGAGGAGGAUGAGGAGCAGGAUGAAGCAGAGUUGAAGGAGAAGGAUGCUUUUGAGGAGCUCAAAAAGAUGGCAGCAGCAUCUUUGAACGGCGCGUCUAGUCAGAAGGAUGAAGACUCCGAGCCAUUGAAAAGGCCUACUCAGGUUAAUGGUGCUGUUAAGCAUCGUGGGUUCAUUGCUUAUGAGCGUGAGGGUGUUCAGUACAGGGAUCCUAAUGUUCGAAUGAAUGACUGGAAUGAAGUUAUGCAGGAAUCGGAACCUGGCCCACUUUUAAAGACUCAAUCAGCUCGUUGCAUGGACUGUGGCACUCCUUUCUGCCAUCAGGAGAACUCUGGAUGCCCCUUGGGGAACAAAAUACCUGAAUUCAAUGAAUUAGUGUACCAGAAUCGGUGGCGUGAAGCAUUAGAUCGUCUCCUUGAGACAAAUAACUUCCCAGAGUUCACUGGCAGAGUGUGCCCUGCCCCUUGUGAAGGGUCUUGUGUUCUUGGUAUUAUUGAGAAUCCUGUAUCUAUCAAAAGCAUAGAGUGUUCCAUCAUUGAUAAGGCUUUUGAGGAAGGAUGGAUGGUGCCACGGCCACCCCUGAAGAGAACUGGGAAAAAGGUUGCUAUUGUUGGGAGUGGACCGGCUGGCUUAGCGGCUGCUGAUCAACUAAAUAGAAUGGGUCACUUAGUGACUGUAUAUGAGCGCGCUGAUCGAAUUGGAGGACUAAUGAUGUAUGGAGUACCCAACAUGAAGGCUGACAAAGUGGAUAUAGUUCAACGCCGUGUUAACCUCAUGGCUGAAGAAGGCAUCAAUUUUGUGGUCAGUGCUAAUGUCGGAAUUGAUCCUCUUUACUCUUUUGAGCGGCUUCAUGAGGAGAAUGAUGCCAUUGUUUUGGCAGUAGGAGCCACAAAGCCAAGGGACCUUCCUGUACCAGGACGGGAAUUAUCAGGUGUCCAUUUUGCCAUGGAGUUUCUUCAUGCAAAUACAAAAAGUUUGCUCGACAGCAAUCUAGAGGAUGGUAACUACAUAUCCGCUAAGUGGAAGAAGGUAGUUGUAAUUGGCGGUGGUGACACUGGUACAGAUUGUAUCGGGACAUCUAUCCGUCAUGGUUGUAGCAGCAUUGUAAAUCUGGAGCUUCUACCAGAGCCACCACGAAGUAGAGCUCCUGGCAACCCCUGGCCACAGUGGCCUCGUACAUUCCGUGUUGAUUAUGGGCAUCAAGAAGCUGCUGCAAAGUUUGGUAAAGACCCAAGGUCCUAUGAGGUGCUGACUAAGCGUUUUAUUGGAGAUGAGAAUGGGGAUGUGAAAGGACUGGAGGUGGUAUGUGUCCGCUGGGAGAAAGAUGCUAGUGGGAAAUUUCAGUUCAAGGAGGUCGAGGGCAGUGAGGAGAUUAUUGAGGCUGACCUUGUUCUAUUAGCCAUGGGAUUCCUUGGUCCUGAGGCGAAUGUGGCAGACAAGUUGGGCUUGGAGCGGGACAAUAGAUCAAACUUCAAGGCAGAUUAUGGCCGAUUCUCAACCAGUGUUGAAGGUGUCUUUGCGGCUGGGGAUUGCAGGCGUGGGCAGUCUCUUGUUGUCUGGGCGAUAUCAGAGGGUCGACAAACUGCUUCCCAGGUGGACAAGUAUCUCAUGAGAGAGGAUGUGACAAUUAGCCCCGACGCCCAGGAUGAUCUUGUGAAGAGACGCCAGGAUCUUACCAAGAAGCACCAAGAUAACAAACACACGGUUAUGACAUAGGUGAAUCUUUUCUUCUUCUUGUUGUUGUUGCAACAGUGCUUGAAAGAAGUAGGAACAGAUUCACCUUUUACUUCAAACAAUCAUGAAAUCAAUUGUUAUACGGACGACGCAAGUUGAAGGAUAAUAUCAAAUUUACAGUUAUGGAGCUGAGUGAUGCAGAAAACAGGGAGCAGGAAUAUAGAAGUGGUUUCCAUGGGGGCUGGUACAGAAAGUAGGAUAUUAUAUUAUUAUAUUCCUUUUUCUAUGUCAUAUAGUUGAUAGCUUCGCCCAGCUUGUUUGAAAGUUAGCUUUGUUACUCUUGUUUUUGAGGAAUAAUAAUAAUGUACAGUUUUGUUUCUCUCAUCUUGAGAUAUAUAUGGGGAAAUUUUUUCUAUUUCUGAAUA